GAUGGCUAAGCUAACCCAAAGCGGCUCGGUUGGUGGCGUUGACAAGCGUUAGUAUCACGUUCAAAGAGUGGAUUUUUUAAAAUUCAUUUUAUUGAAAAAGAUAUCACCGACCAAAUCGCUGUUUCGUAACACGGCAAUCAGGGAGAGACAUCGUUGACAGGUGCAUCAGUGUCUGCUUUCCCCGGACAUGAACCCUGGACAUCAGGUGAAGAUGGAUGUUUACUUCAGGGUGUCACGUCAGCCUCUGAAAUUGUGAGAAUUACUGCCAGAUGGCCAGAACACCUCACUUCUCAUUAUGAAGCCUGUCAGCUAUCAAAGCAUGCCAUCCUCUGUGAAUGGUGGACAUCCAAAUUUGUCACUGGAUCGCGUGUUAACCACUUCAAACGUGAGGUAUUGUGAGAAAUGUGGAUUUGCGUCUACAGAUGCCUCAGCGUUGGAGAAGCAUAUGGUUGAGCAUAUGGGGACACGGUUUUACUGUUUUUAUUGCAACGAUAUUUCCUAUAGUGAGGCGGAGUUAAACGCGCACCUGAAACGACACACUUCGAAGUAUCCAUUCAAAUGUCCUCACUGUGGACAGGGCUACAUGAGGAGGCUGUGCCUUUUUAAGCACAUUGAACGUUUGCAUAAUAAAAGCAUUAUUCAGGUACCUGCUAAGCCUGGUGUGACGAAAAAUCCGCAGGACCCCGUCCCCAGUGCCUUAACAAGCCUGCACGCUGCCGAUCCGUCGUCGCUUCGGCCGGUUGUUCGGGUGACGGUACCUAGCCCGAGUGUACCUGCUGUCAGACUGGGAAAAGACGAACAGAGAGCAAAAACACUGGAAACGAAGGUAUCGAAUGUCACUAAUGGCAACCCAGAACGUCUUUCCCCUUUGAAUGGACUCAUUCAGCACAAUAGAGCUCUCACAGUUUCUCUGCCAGAAGAAGUAACAAUUCCUGCUGGCUGCUUGGUUGAACUCGUUGAGGUGAAAACUGUAAAUGGGACAAAAGAACUAAAGCUCAGGCUCGUUUCCCAACAAGAAAACGAGUCAGUGAUAAAGGACACGAGGAUGACAGUUUCUCAAAACACAGCGCUGGGGAAGCCAUUGUCAUCUACAUUAAUCAAUCACACCAACACGGUGCGGCCUGGGAGUAUGGGCACGAGCACUAUUAACAGGAAAUCAUGUGACACAAAGAUGGUGAAUGUAGAGCGCCCCGCUGUUGUCCCGGUCAGUAUUUCCAACAAUCUCCCAGUGACUCCAGUGAGCAAAGAAAAGAGUGGACUGAAAAGGGUAUCACCGGAAAUAAUCAACUUGGAGUCUAACGUAGUCAUUCCUAAUAAGUUUCCCAAAAAUGUCAUCAGUCCUGUAAGAGAAGGGGUAAACAGUGGGAUCAGAGUUACGCAAACAGCACCGGUGAGCCACGUAGCUCCUCUUCCAGUUAUCUCCAACAGGGUCACCAGCAGGUUGAACACCACCAGCCUGCAUCCAAGCAGCAUGGUUUCCCAGAGAGUGAUGGAUGAGAGAAAGACCUUACUUCCAGAGUACCCCAAGAGUGUUCCAUCCAGGAGAGCGGGUGACACGAAAAACAUGCAGGAUAUGCCGGUGGCUAUGAAGGUGGAACCCGGGAACAUCUGCUUCAAGAGUAGCACUGCUUCAAAACCAAUCAAAGAAGUGGCACCCUCGAACCAGGACAGGAUUAAAUCAACUUCUCCCUCCAUAAGAAGUUCCAUUGUUCCAACUGUCCAAGUGAGACCACCAAUAUGUCUCGUCAGUAAGGAUAAUGUUCCAACUCAGUCUUUUUCAUUACCCAAGACUAUAAACAAGCUUGUUUCAGUCAAAACUCCUGUUUUUUCAAAUCAUGCCAAGUCAAAGAGCUCAACUUGGAUGCCGGAAGUCAGACUAAAUGAGCUGGCAAAAGAGAGGGACGUUUCAGAACCUGAGAGCUUCCCCAUCAUAUCCUCUGUGUUUUCAUUGAGUCAGCAGCCAGAGGACGCCCAAGGUCCCAUUCAGCCAUUGGUAAUGGCUUUGCGAGGCAUAGUGAUGGAUAAAAGUAGCAGUUCUGUCAGUACGACUCAAGAUCAAGUUAAGAUAACAAACACUGAGCACAUGGACAAGACCCUGACAUUAGGGCCCAGCCUUCAGGUGGAAACAAAAAACAAAUCCUUCAUCCGUGAGUCGUUAUUGACGGAGCAGACGGAGCCUGUAGAAGCAAAAGACCACAAUAAGGGGGUUCAUCACUCUCCUGCACUGACCCACAACCAUGUUGAUAUCAAAGAGGAAAAAAAGAUCCCUCUACCACCAGAUGAUAAUAAAUCCAGUCACAGUCCUGCUUCAAAAUCUUCAACACACGAAGAAUCUAAUGUUGCAGAACACGCAAAGGCAUCUGAAACUGAAGAACCUCUUGAGCAAAUGGUCAAAAGUGAGCAGGACUCAAAGUUUCUGACCGUCACCCUGAAGAGGGUGCAAGUGGGCGUGUGGAAACAAACCAAGAAGGGACUGAAACUCAGAAUAUCCAAAUAUAAGACUCAGGUACCUGUGGACAGUGUAACUGACUGUACAGUCAUUUACCCAAUGCCGCUGAAAGUGGACCAACCAGUGAAACGACCGGGUCCAAACCAGCCGGUGGUAGUGCUCAAUCAUCCGAAGCCUCGCGGCUCUGCACAGAGAACGAGAGCUGAUCCUUUUGCAAACACAGGAGCUUCUGAAGUGGUUCCAAAGUGCCAAAUCUUGAAAAUGAGACUGAGCAAAGUGAUGGGUCAAAAAUAUGAGGUGAUGGGUUGCACCGUCCGAGUGUUUCCAUGAAUGUAUUGGACAAUUCAUCAAUGGAAAGAAGUAUACAUCUAUGAGGAAGCAGUUAGUAUUACAGUAAAGAGAUGUUUAAGGUCAAAAACUGACAAAAUCUCAAGCCAAUUAUUUUCUUUAUGGGAGAAUAAGAGUAAAAAAUAUGGACGUCUGAGUAUCACUGAACAUUGUCUUAUAUGUAUAAUAUGAACUAUUCAAGUGCAAUGCUGUUUGACUGCUUUGAGUCAAUGAAAAUGGACUGAAUGCCGUUAUAGAUUGCAGUCAAAAACACAGAUAUUAAGUACUGUUUCUGAAGGUUGAGAGACCAGUGGAUAUGUCAUUAAUGCAUGCUGUUUAUUUAAAAAAGGAUAACGUUUUUAUUUAUUUUUUUUUUACGUUGCAUCAGUGAAAUUUUAUGGGCUUCCAUGCUGCCACCUGAAAUAGGUGCAGUGAUGGGUAUUCAGACUUUUUCCUGCCUUAAAAUUGGCCUUUGGGGAGAGAAGUUCAUAUUUAAGGCAGUGUUUUCCUUUUUUUAAACAGAAAAGUUUGCAUUUCCUGCUAUUUGACACAUAAAUGUAUUUCAUGCCUGUGCGAAUUAAACCCCACUUUAAUAACAGUUAAAAAAUACUGGUUAAACAGUCCUUGUGAUUUUCCAGCCAAAACCUCUUUGGUGGGACCCAGAUGUUUUGUAUAUGCUGGUGUUAAGUAUGAUUAAAUAUUUAUAAUGACAUUUUGUAAGAUGUCAUUCCUUGUGACUGAAAAGAAUGAAAAUGUCUAAUUAACAGUUCUAAUUAGGUCAAAUUUGGGACAAUAAGUUUCCAGUUGAGUCAUUAUUUAUUUGUAUUUUUAAAAUAAUUUGCAUCUUUGAAGACGCCCCAAUCACUUCAUGUUUGUUAACAUGGCCGAUUGUGUAGAUGACUGUGUGCUGUGUCUAAAAAAAAAUGAACAUUUCAACACUAAUAGCCGUCUAAAAGGUUUGUCCAGUUUUAAAAGCUCCUCCAAAUUUUAGCUGGAAAAAUGUUACUUUUCAUGUCAGCAGCUGGUUUUGUAGUUCUGCGUUUAGCUACUCUUUGCAAAAUCUACUCUUUGGAACAUGUUACAGAACCAUGUUGUAUUUUUUAAUUAAUCAUUGAUAACUUUGAUUGGUGAACCAAUUUAAAAAACAAAAAAACUACUGCAAAGUGUAAAUAAUGGAACCUGGGCAUACACUCAGCUGUGUUAUCAGUUCAGAUAUGAUAUUAAUCACUGAGUCUUGCAGAGAUACAAAAGUCUGCCAGUUGUACAUCUGUGUGAAGUGAAAUGUUACAGAGCUUAAGGCUAAAAUUUAGAGUAUAUCUACUAAUCCAGACGUAAGGAUGAUGAUGAUGCACUAAAAAAAGUACCCUAAUACUUUACGGUGUCAUUUUACUUUAAAGCGCAAAACGAACGUCCUGAAGAAUCAAGAUAAUUUUUUAUUUUUGUUGUAAUUUUUUGGUUUUUAUUCAAUUUGGCUCUGUAAUUAGUAAUGUGAUUUUUUUUCCUUUUCUUUGUGUGAUUGACUUGAGUUUUCUUGUGUGACUUUUUUUCUCUCAAGGUUUAAAGCUUCACCUAUGAGAGUAAUCUAGAGAAGGUAGAAGCAACCUAAACUGGUCAAUUCCUGUAAUAGAAGUAUUUUCCUGCCAUGACUAUGAGACAAUGGUGACUCAUAGACAAUUCAAACCUGUUGUAUAUUUUUCAAAAUAAUCAAACGUAAGCAAUCUUCUGUCCUGAGACUUCUCAGAUCUGUUUUACUUUACGACAGCAUAUGUGUGUUGUUUAUUAUGUGUUCACAGUGUACAAGGUGCUAGACCUAUGAUCACAUUUGUAGGUUUUGGUUGCCCCAGUUUUUAUUACACGUGUGUGUAUAUGUAUAUAUACAUAUAUAUGUUUUGGGUCACUCAGAUUUUAUGGUUUAUAGACCUAUAAAUAUAAAACAUGGUAACUGGUGUUCAUACUCAGUAGGGAAUGGCCCCUUCUGGAGCACCAACACUUACUUUCUUUACAUUGCAGCUAAAGCUGCUGUGCAGUCUGUUAUAUAUUCAUUAUCCUAAAGUUGUUUGACAUGUCUUUAUGGCUGUUUUCCUUUUGCCUUUUAAUUUAAUCAUCUGUGUGGGAAUUAGUCAUAUUCCAGUUCAAGUGUUUUUGAGUUUUAUUACAUUCUCAGUGUUCAUUAUCAUUGUGAUCCAUGCUUUUAUAAUAACAAUUGUGUAAUUCCUCUUUUAUUAAAAAAAAGUAUAAUUGA